AUGAGCCACGAUCAAGACAAGGAGGGGAAAGGGCACCCUGAGAGCGCUGGCGCCGACCUGCCCAACCCCCGUCUCACCUCCUCCGGUUCUGAGGUGGUGGUUGUUGGAUGCCGCAAAUCGGAACUAGCUCUCAUCCAGGCCCGUUACAUCGUAUCGCAGCUGGAGAGAGCCCUGGAACGGCCCCCUCCAUUUGAAAUUGCCACUCGCAGUGUCGUGGGCGAUGCGGACAAGCAGACGCCGUUCAUGCAGCUCUCCAAGCAGACGGGCGGGUCUGACGUCGGCAAGAGCCUGUGGACGAACGGGCUGGAGGAGGAUUUGUUGUCUGGCAAGGCCCAUCUCCUCGUCCACAGUCUCAAGGACAUGCCGACGACACUGCCGCCCAACUGUCUGCUCGGGGCUAUUCCCGAGCGCGAAGAGCCAACUGAUGCCGUGAUUAUGAGACCAAACUCCGAAUAUAAAACUAUUGACCAGCUGCCACCUGGUUCCGUGGUUGGGUCGAGUUCGUCGAGAAGAAGAGCGCUGAUUCGACACAAUUGGCCUCAUCUGGAGGUCGCGGAGUGCCGUGGGAAUGUAGACACCCGCCUCGCUAAGCUCGAUGCUCCGGACUCGAAAUUCUCUUGUAUUUUACUGGCCACCGCAGGACUGGUACGGCUGGGCCUCGAGCGCCGAAUCACACAAAGGCUUGAUCCCAAAGUUUUCCCUUAUGCCGUCGGCCAAGGCGCGCUUGGUGUCGAGAUCAAGACAGGCUGUCAAGAUACGCUCCGGCUCGUUCAAGCGGCCGAUCAUAAGAAGUCACGAUGGCUUGCCAUGGCCGAAAGGGCGAUGCUGCGAACCCUCCAGGGAGGUUGCUCGUCUCCAAUCGGCGUCCAUUCAACGUUUGAAACGUCUCAGGGGGGUGAGGAACUUGUCGCACAGGAUAAUGGGGGUAGACUUCGACUGUCUGGCACAGUCCUCGAUGUGGAGGGUACAACGGGGGUUACUGCUGAGUUCUCGGCCCUCGUUCGCAGCGAUGAGGAAGCGGAGGAUGUGGGCAUUAGACUUGCUGGUAUACUCCGCGAGAAAGGGGCGUCCAAUUUGUUGUCUAAAGAGACUUCGACAUAG